AUGUUCAACCAAACAAAACACAAACGAAGAACUACACACACCUGGCGAGUGUGGGCCAUCUACAUGGUCUUAGCUGCAAACCUCUCUGAAGAGCAAGCGCUGAAGCAGGCUUGUCCUUCAUGCGAUGCCACUCAGCUUUGCAACUGCUCUUCCAUGGGCUUGGACUUCAUUCCCUCCGGGCUCACAGGCAAAAUCACGGUGUUAAACCUGGCCCACAACAAGAUAAAGCACAUCGGAUCCCAGGACCUGCAGCAGGCUGUGAACCUGAGAGCCUUGCUGCUGCAGUCCAACGAAAUCAGCUCAAUAGACAAGGACUCAUUUAGCUCCCUUGGGAAACUGGAGCUCUUGGACUUAUCAAAUAACAGCUUGGCUCACUUGUCCCCUGCGUGGUUUGGGCACCUUUUUUCGCUCCAGCACCUCCACCUUCAAGGGAACUUCUACAGAGACCUGGGGGAAAGCUCCCUCUUUUCUAACCUGAGGAACCUGAGCUCUCUCCACCUGGGCAACCUACGGUUCUCCACGAUAAGGCAAGGGAACUUUGAGGGCAUUGCGCUUCUCGACAAGUUGUGGAUUGAUGGUGGCAAUCUCAGUCAGUACGAACCGGGAAGCUUGAAAUCGAUUAAGAAGAUAAGUCAUAUGAUCAUAAACCUAAGAAGUAUUAAUGUAUUCUCAGCAAUUGUGAGGGACCUUCUGCACUCUGUCAUUUGGUUAGAAGUGAGAGAAAUCAAAUUAGAUAUUGAAAAAAAAAGUUUGGUGCAGAACUCUACACUUCCUUCUAGGAUACGAAAACUUACCUUUAAAGAUGCUUCAUUCACAGAUCAAUAUAUUAGCCGAAUAGCAUUAUUACUGAAGGAAAUCACAUCUUUACAAGAGUUAGAGAUAAUUGAUUGUGUGCUUGAGGGGAAAGGAGAAUGGGAUACUAAAGAAAUUGCAAGCAGUGGGCAAAGUUUCAUUGAAACAGUAUCAGUAAUAAACAUGAUGAUUCAGAAUUUUCAUUUGUUUCUUGACCUGGAAGGUAUGGAGUCACAAAUAAACAAACUCAAAAGACUCACCAUUGGAAGCUCUAAAGUUUUCAUGGUACCAUGCAAACUUGCAAAACAUUUUUCAUCACUUCUGUAUCUGGACUUUCAUCAUAAUUUGCUUGUAAAUAAUCGCUUAAAUGAGACAAUCUGUGAAGAUGCUUGGCCUUCACUGCAAACUUUAAAUCUAAGUCAAAACUCUUUAAAAUCUCUGAAACAGACUGCAAAUUCUGUAACUCGUCUACCCAAACUGAUUAAUCUUGACAUUAGCCAAAAUAAUUUUG